AUGCAAAAGACGGUUCAUUGUAAUUACUUUGCAUUACGUGGUGGUGGUGCAGUAAUGUCGGAAGGAAGACCAGAGAAAGAACGAGCAAAGACUGAUGAAGUUUCAAAGCGAACUCAGCCAGAACGGAAAGACGCAUCGGAGAAGAUUGUACAAAGCGGUGGAGAAUCUCUUGAAGAAUUCACUGAUCAAGAAUGGGAAACUGGUGCUACUGCAAUGCCGGCAGAGCUUCUCAAUGUUGAAAAAAAACCGAAUAUCGUGAAUGUUUUCGUGGGACCAAGGGAAAGAGGAGAAACAUUUACGCAACAUCCCGCAAAGAAACCACAAAAUGAAAGCAGCACAGAUAAGAAGGAUCCCAUUCAACAGCUGGUUCGACAUAUUCUUCAAAUUAUAUGUGCUAAGAGAGUAGAAUCACAAACAGAGGUUGAUGUUUUCUUGAAGGUCCGUGAUGAUCCUAAACGUGCAAUCAAUCUAGAAGAAUCAGCGUUCUCUGAAUAA